AUGCCCUUCUUAGAUGACCCCGCGUUCAUCGAAGAAUGCGUAAGAACGACAGCUUCGAUCCACACAGACGCCCACCACCUCAACGUCGCCUCCGCCUCGGGGAACCUUUUGCAACAGCAGUCUGCGGAUGAUGAACAGUAUAGUCUGAAGCCUCUGGGCCCAGAGGUUCUUACAUCGCUUGAGGACCUGGCGCUCGACGUCUUGACGAUACACGCGUCAGACGACGCACCCUUGUCACAGGACGGUGCCCGCCUUCUCCGCCGCCUCGACGAGGAGAUUGAAAGGACGUACCGCCGGUUCUACGACUUCGUGUACGCGGACCUGCCGUACUGCUGGAGGCAGCUGUAUACCGACCUGAGUUUGCUAAAGUUCUCGUGUCUUGUGUUUCUGAGAGGAUGGGAGAGGAUGGCCGGGGGAGUCGAGGUCGAUGGCGAUGAGAAGCUGCUGGACGAGUUGGUCUCGGUCCUCGAUAGAGCUCUAAUACUCGCCGGCGGCGCGGGCGUCGCUCGCGGGAGGAAUGCAAUCUCUAGACUCCUUGCCCGCCUCGAUGAUGGCUACGCACCCGCGCCCAAGCCCCGUCUGCCGGCAACGUUCCCGAUGUCUCGCCCCUUCACGCCGCCCGUCACACACCCGAUCCGCGUCAUCGACGGCAUGUCCAUGCCGGCGUUUCAGUCCUACUUGGACAACCCGACGUCCGCGGGCUUAGGCCCGGAGCCGCUGGUCCUCACGUCGUUGCUGACGGACUGGCCGGCGCUCUCGACGAGACCGUGGAGCUCGCCGGGAUAUCUUCUCUCGAGGACGCAUGCCGGCAGAAGGCUUGUUCCGGUGGAGGUGGGCAGGAGCUAUGUCGAUGAGGGAUGGACGCAGGAGCUCAUCCCAUUUCGGGAGCUGCUGUCCCGCAUCACGGCGUCCUCCUCCGCCCCACCUGCGCGAGCCGGCUCGCGAAAACCACCCUCUCCCUCCAAAGCUGAAACGGGGGAGGACGAAAAAGAAAUGACGACGACGUACCUCGCCCAGCACGAACUCUUCUCCCAGCUACCCCACCUGCAGAACGACAUCCUCACCCCGGACCACUGCUUCACCUCGCCGCCGCCGCACCCGCUCGAUCCCUCCGCGGACAAGCCAGAGCUCGAGCUGCCGCUGGUGAACGCCUGGUUCGGGCCCGCGGGGACCAUCACCCCGCUCCACACGGAUGGAUACCACAACCUGCUGUGCCAGGUCGUCGGCGCAAAGUACGUGAGGCUGUACGCGCCGCACGACUCCGAGGCGUUGUGUCCGCGAGGGGUCGACGGCGACGAGGACGACGACCUCGCCGAGAAAGGUGGCGAAGAAGGAGCAGAUGAAGACGAGGAGAAGGGCGCGAGGAGCAAGGUUGACAUGAGCAAUACGAGCGCAUUCGACGUCGGCGCCGUGGAGGGCUGGGACCCGGACCCGGAGGGCCGCGACGCCAUCGAGCUCGAGGAGUUCCGCGGGCUGCGGUACUGGGACUGCGUGCUCGAGGCCGGCGACGUGCUGUACAUCCCCAUCGGGUGGUGGCACUACGUCCGCAGCCUGAGCGUGAGCUUCAGCGUGAGCUUCUGGUGGAACGGGGAUCACUACGCCGGACCAGACGGACGGCCCUCUGCGUGA